UGAAAACAUGUUCGCCGCCGCUGCCGCCGCCACCACCUCUCCCUCUAGUAGCCACACAGAGCAGCAGCAGCAGCAGUUCCAGCAGCAGCAGCAGCGCCCCCUCCCCGCCUGCCUGCCGGCCCCUAUCUCCUCUCCCGUCUCCCCACCCCUCGCAGACACAGUGAGGAGGAGCAGGAGCGGCGGCGGCGGCAGGGCCCGGGGCUUGGGGUUCGCGCUGCUGCUGCCGCCUCCUCAGGAGCGCCGCGCGGGGGGCAAGACCAGAGAAGCCCUUAAGCUUUCGUCGCUGCCGCUGCUACUGCUGCUGCUGCCGCCGCCUCCGGGGAUCACACAGGCUUCUCCGUCCCAGGCUGCAGCUCUUGUUGCCAUGAUGAUGAUGUCACGGACGCAACCACUGGGGGGAGGAGGACCGCCAUUUCGUAUCCUGCAGUGGAGGCGGAGACGGCGCCCGGCGCCUCCGCCCGUUUUCAGAAGGAAAAAAAGAGAAUAUGACAGGAUUUUAUUCUGGGAAAACAAACUUAAUCAUAACUGAAUCUGAAGGUGAUGAACUCCAUACAUUAUAAUGGAACAGAUUAGAAAGCAAAACAGAGGCUACACUGAGACCUAACCACAAAAAACAUUGUGGAUGGACCUUUGCAGCAAGCACUGGCAUUUAAUACACUACAUCACCGUAAGGAGAAGAGACAGGCAGGAUGUGAGAAUGAGGAAGGUGAUGUGUGGCACAGAGUGCUGGACCAGUCAUAGACUUAUCCUCUCUAAGCUGUCCGUCACAUUCAACCAAAGUGGUGACCCCAAGGCAAGAUGGCUGUCAAGAGACUCAACUAUCAACAGAUUAGAGCACUUCUCUGAGCAAAAACAGUUCAUUGCUGACCUGAAGGGAAAGCUGAGUCAGCACACAGCAAAAGUGGAGCAGAAAAGGAGUGGGCAGCUUUCAGAGACUUUGUGUACAGCACCACACUUGCUCAUCUGGCCAGAACACUUGCAAACACCAAGAGUGGUUUGACAAAAAUGAUGGGGAAAUUCAGAAGCUGCUAAAUGAGAAAUGAGAACACAGGAUUUAUCAUCAGGACAGCUCAUCUGUCUCCAAGAAGGCAGUAUUUAGCUCCAUCAAAAUUAAAUUACAGGCAAAGCUUAGAGAGGCGCAGAAUUCUUGGCUCAGUAAGAUAGCAGAUGAGAUUCAAUUUUAUGUCAACAGCAACAAUCUGAAGUGCUUCUACAAUGCCUUGAGGAUUAUUUAUGGGCCAAGCACCAUCACUGCUGAUGGUGGAGCCACAUUGAUCAGUGGUAAGGACAUGAUCCUGGAGAGAUGGGCUGAACAUUUUCAAUAGUGUUUUCAACAGAUCAUCGUCAACCAAUACUGAAGCAACUGACUACAUGCCUCAGGUUAUAUAGUCAAUCCCUCUCUAGCCAAAGUUCCAACUGAAGAAGAAGUAUUGAAUGCCUUCAAGCUCCUCUUGAGUGGCAAAGUGCCUGGCACUGAUCCAUCCCAGCAGAGAUCUACAAAGCAGAGGGUCCACUGCUCAUACAGAAGCUGACUGAAAUCUUCCAGAUUGUAUGGCAACAGGAAGUUAUCCCCUGGGAAAUCAAGGAUGCCUCCAUUGUCCAUCUCUAUAAAGGAAAAGGAAACAAGUUGUCUUGUGACAAUCACAGGGGAAUCUCUCUCUUAGUUACUGCUGGCAAGAUUCUUGUCAGAGUCCUCUUUAACCAGCUGAUUCUUUACCUAGAAGAUAAUUAUCUGCCUAAGAGCCAUCAUGGCUUUAGAAAGGGCUGAGAAAUGGUUGAUAUCUUUGCUGCCAGACAAUUCCAGGAGAAAUGCCAGGAAUAGAACAGAGAUUUGUACACUGUGUUUAUUGACCUGACCAAGGCCUUGUUGCUGUCAGUCAUGAAGGCUUGCAGAAUAUCAUGGCAAAAUUUGGUUGCCUGAAGAAGUUCGUCAGUAUGAUACAUCAGUUUCAUGAUGGUAUGCUCUCAUGGGCUCUGAAUGAAUGACAAUACUCUAAUGCUUUCCUAGUUACCAGUGCAGGUGUGUGUGCUUGCUCCUCUGCUUUUUAGCAUGAUGUUUUCCGUGAUGUUGUCAGGCACCUUCAACAAGGAUGAAAACAGCAUCAAGAUGUUGAAGAUGCCCAAGGGGCCACUGGCCAUCUCUUCCUGCCAGGAUUCAGUGCAGCCUCCCAACCCACAGAAAAGGAUAUGUGACUGCAAGGACAUAUGAAAACAUGUAGACAUGUAAGAGAAAAUACAGCAGGACUCUGUGAAAUGUUCUACUCAGGCCCUGGAGAAUUAUAACAUAGAGGAGGACAUAACACAUCAACGAGGAGUUUGAUAAGAAGUACAACCACACCUAUCACUGCAUUGGGAGUAGGGACUUUGGCAGUUAUGUGACACAUGAAACUAAUUGCUUCAUGGACUUCUGCUUGAAUGAGCUGAGAUUUUUUUUUUAACAAUUCUAAGGAUAAUAAAAAGGAUGGGGGUUGUUGGGAAUGAGCGGGAAAGGAGGAGCAUUAGAGAAGGGAUAAAGACUGAAACCUGAGGUAGAUAGGAUAAUGAUAACUAAGAAUAUACAUUUUAUGUGAUUUCAACCUGCACUUAGAUAUGUACUAUGAACCUGGUCACAUAUAUUACCAAUUUGUGUACCCUUCCACAUAUGUGAUCCAGCCAUAUACAUUCUCUAUGUACAUGACUGUUCUCUGUUCGCCAUGUGUAUAUACUUUUCUCGCCAUUAUUAUAUGCAUUGGUAGGAGAAUAUGCUCAGAUUUAUGGGGAAAAUCCUUUAUUGCUACUUGUCUUACUAAAUGGUUUCA